AUGGACAAGAAGGCCCGGUCGAAGCCCAUGUGCGAGAUAGUUAAGCGGCUUCUGGAGUACGGGGAGUUCGAGGUCAAUAUCUUCGGAGACGACACGAUUCUGCACAAGACCAUUGGCGAUUGGCCCAACUGUGACUGCCUCCUAACCUGGCACUCAGAGGGCUUCCCACUAAAGAAAGCAGCACUCUAUGCAGCGGAAAGGAAGCCAUUUCUCAUAAAUGACGUGUCCAAACAACAUCUUCUGUUGGAUCGCAGGAAAGUCUAUGGAAUUCUGAAGGAAACUGGGAUCCCUGUUCCAAACCACGUCAUCAUAAGUCGGGAUGGCCCUGAUGGCAAUGAUCCAAAGGGCCUUGUGGAGAAGGAGGACUACAUUGAAUUCCAGGGACAGAAAAUCCACAAGCCCUUUGUUGAAAAACCAGCCAGCGGGGAAGACCACAACAUCUACAUUUACUAUCCAGCACACAUGGGUGGGGGUGUCAAGAAGCUGUACAGAAAAAUCAACAACAAAUCUGCUGACUAUGAAUUGAACCACCCAGGCACAAUAAGAAGAAAUGGAUCAUUCAUUUAUGAGGAAUUCUUGGCAACAGGCGGGACAGAUGUGAAGGUUUACACGGUUGGCACAAGGUAUGCACACGCAGAGGCCCGGAAGUCGCCCGUCGUCGAUGGGAAGGUGCAACGUACCAAGCAGGGCAAGGAGGUUCGAUUCCCAGUGCUGCUGAGUCCCCCAGAGAAGGAGAUAGCACGCCUGGUCACCUUCGCUUUUGGCCAGAAAGUGUGCGGCUUCGAUCUGCUGAGGUCUGACAAGGGCAAGUCAUAUGUCUGCGAUGUCAACGGCUGGAGCUUUGUCAAGAGCUCCUACAAGUACUACGACGAUGCUGCCGGAAUCUUGAGAAGCAUCAUCCUUGCAGCGAUCGCCCCCCAUCGGCUCACAGUGGACCCCUCACGAUUUCCCCCCCUGCUCCAGAAGCAGGCAUCGCCCUCCAAACUCGCAGACCAGAUGCGGACGUCCAUCUCUUACAAUGACGUCCCCCAGGCAGCACAUCAAGAUGUGAACGGGAACAAGGAGGACGAUCCACGGUACCAGUGGGAGGAGCUUCGCUGUGUUCUGGCCAUCGUCAGGCAUGGCGACAGGACGCCGAAGCAGAAAAUGAAGAUGAGAGUCACGCAGGCACCCAUCCUGGAGCUGUUUGAAAAGCACAAGGACAAAAAAGGCAAGGAGGCCAAGCUGAAGAGUCCCAAGCAGCUUCAAGAACUGCUGGACAUCACUCGCCGCCUGGUGCAGGAAAUGCCAACGUAUUCGUCGGAUGACCCAAUGGGAGGGGAGGUUGAGAAGGGCUAUGAGACAAGGGGCAGUGAAAUCACAGUGCCUGAGUUCAGUGAGAUUCGGGAGAAAUAUCAAAUCCUCGUCAAUGUCCUUGAGGCUGGUGGUCAUUUCGCCGGCAUCAAUCGGAAAGUGCAGCUGAAGCCAUUGGCAUGGUCGUCCCCAAGGGAGGGGCAGUCAGAGCGCAGGGUGGAGGAGGUUAUGCUCAUCCUGAAGCACGGCGGUGUGCUCACACAUGCAGGCCGCCAGCAGACCGAAGAUUUGGGAAAAUACUUUCGGACUGCCAUGUACCCCAGUAAUGGAGCAGAGAUGGAGAAUGGCCUGCUGCGCCUGCACAGCACGUAUCGCCAUGACCUCAAGAUCUACUCGUCGGACGAAGGACGGGUGCAGGCCUCUGCGGCGGCCUUCACCAAGGGCUUGCUCGACCUUGAGGGCAGCUCACUGACGCCCAUCCUGGCCAGCCUUGUCAAGAAGGAGACUGGGAUGCUGGAUGCCUGUGACAAGGCAACGGACGACAUCCAGGCUGCCAAGCUAGCCCUGUAUGAGCAAUUGACAAGGGACACUGACAGCACGCCAGCACGCUUUGCGCGACCACCGGGAACCUCCCCGCGGACCACGCCACCCCGAUCACCCUCAGUACCUUUCAGCGGUGGUGAUUCCAUGUCCCCAGAGCCCCUCCCUCUUGCACAGUCGAUGGAGCUCCUCCAGGACGAGCAGAACAGUGCACCGCCACAUCGCCGGGCGGAUGAGCCGGGUGCCGUGGCGGGCUGCCCACCUGGCAUUUCACAGGAUCCGCCCACACCAAUCAAGGGAGAUAUCCAGGGCUUGCCGCCAAAUGCUCUGAAGCUGCUCUACAGAUUGGUGGACCUUCUGCAGGAUUUGGUGGACCAGUUGUACCAGAAGGUCAAGAUGGAGGGUUGCAUGACCAGAGGCACUGCCGUGUACAGCAGCCUUUCACAGGACCCAAGUGCAUGGAUGCAUGAGCCGAACAAGCCCUGCUGUGGGGAGAGGCCACUCUUGCUGUACGAUCGCUGGAGGAAGCUGUCCAGAUCGUUCUACAAGAGGACAAGGGACACUUUCGACAUCAGCAAAGUGCCUGAUAUCUAUGACUCCGUCAAGUAUGAUGCCAUCCACAAUCAGCACCUGGAUCUCAAACUGGAGGACCUGUACGAGACUGCCCGUGCGCUGGCUGUUGGCGUUGUGCCAAAUGAGUAUGGCGUCAGCCCGGAGGGGAAGCUGCAGAUCGGGUCGCAGAUAUCGUCCCUUCUGCUGGGGAAGCUACUGGCCGACCUUGGAAACACCCGCGAGGAGAGCAAGGCGACCGCAAACCUGUUCUACAAUCCGAAAGCGACUGCCAGGGAUGCGUUCGCUGCUGAGCUUGGGGCCUAUGGCUUUGAUGACUAUCCGAUGAACCUGCCAAACAUCGGUAGCAAGGCAACCAAGGACGAUGUGGACUCAGAGGAGGACAAUGAAGGGGGAGAUCAAGAAGAGUCCGACUCGACUCUGCAUCGAUUAUGCCCCUCUUACGCCGUCAACAUCAACUCUCCCAUGCGGCACGUGCGCACACGCGUGUACUUCACGUCAGAGAGCCACAUUCACGCCCUUGUGAACGUCCUGAGGUACUGCCACAGGGGCGUUGAGGGCGCGGAGCCCAUCGUGUGCGAGAGCGGACAGAACAUUCUGACCAGCACGCCGGAGCUUGACUACCUGUCUCACAUCGUCUUCAGGAUGUAUGAGAACCAGCAGGUUCACAUCAGCGACCCCCUGCGGUUUCGUGUGGAGGUGCUGUUCAGCCCAGGCGCGGCGUACAACCCGUUCGAGGUCAUGCCUCUGCGGCGCAACCAUACCCUCCCAGUGCACCCCCGCGUGGAGCUUCACCAGGCGAACGGCGCCACUCUGGACUACGUUGAGAAGCUUGUGGCGCGCUUCUCGACCCCCCGGAAGCUGCAGACGCCUGCGCUCAACUGGCUGCCCUGCAGCAACACCGGUUCUGCCCCCACCUAUCUGCAGCGGUCGGGGCUGAGGAAGCCUUCCCUCAGUGUCGAACAGCCGACCGUUCUGCCCUCGGAGUGA